UACCGGAUACGCUAAAGUCCUGUUAGUCUCUAGGGCACUCGGCAAAGCCCAACACCGCCGCGGCAGGUCAGGUGACCCACAGCAGUCCUAGGGUUUUCGCUAAGCGAAUACUCUCCAAAGAAUUCGACUCUCGACUAUCGCGACAACAACGACGAGCACGCCGACAGACAGCCAUGGCUCCAGUUAAGAAAGGGACGACGAAGCCCAGCGACAAGGCCGGUGCUGCCGCCAAGGCUGUGCUGAAGGGCGCCGGUGCGAAGAAGGCCCGCAAGAUCCGUACCUCGACCACCUUCCACCGCCCGAAGACCCUCCAGCUCUCUCGGACGCCGAAGUACCCUCGCAAGUCCAUCCCUCAUGCUCCCCGCCUCGACGAGCACAAGGUCAUCAUCCACCCCCUGAACACCGAGAGUGCGAUGAAGAAGAUUGAGGAGAACAACACCCUGGUCUUCAUUGUGGAUGUCAAGGCGAACAAGCGACAGAUCAAGCAGGCUCUGAAGAAGCUGUACGAUGUCGACACUGUCAAGAUCAACACUCUGGUCAGACCCGAUGGCUCCAAGAAGGCCUUCGCUCGCCUGACUCCUGAUGUCGAUGCUCUGGACAUUGCCGCUACCAAGCUGGCCAUCGUCUAAAGUGUUUUCCUUGGGUUCCGGUGGGGUUUUCGCGCUAUAUUUUACAAGAGAUCAGUCACGCAGUUAGUUGCAACAGCUGAACCACGGGCUGAAUGAUUAUUUUAAAAAUGUUCGGAACGGGAUGCUCAAAGGCGAACAUGUGCCUCCUACUUCCUUGUGUGGUAGGGAAAAAUGAAAAUACGAAAAACAGACGAUGCCAGCACAGUGUCUCUGUAUAGUCAACUUAAAACGCUGCUAUGAUUCUUGCAAAGUGUAGUCUCAGACCGGACUCUGGAGAGUGCAUUUCCUUUACCAUAAGUAACGUAGUCCGCGGAAGACCUAGCUAAGCAGCAGCUUUCUCCAAGUAGCGGCCUACAGUCCAAUAGGUAAUAUAGAACGUCCAUAGUACAACAGCAGCCAAGUACACAUCUCA